AUGCCGUUCCUGAACGAUCCUCGAGAGCUGCUAACGCCCAUCAUGAACGAAGAAGCUGAUGCAAAGCCAGCACACUCUCCAUUCGACGAAGAUGACCAUAAACCCUCGUUAGAUACCCAAGACCAACAUGAUGAACAAAAAGAGACCCCCACCAAAGACGACCUCCUAGCCCGCCAUCUAGAAACCAUAGCCCUCUCCUUCAUAACCGCAAUCAACACCCGCAACCUCGACCCCUCCGUCGCCCCCUGGUCCACCUCCAUGGUUGACCACUUCACCACCGGCUCCGGCACCGGGGCGCGCCCCUCCGCCACCAACAAAAUCGAAAUGCUAGCCGGCCACCGCAAGCUCGCCGACGCAAACCCGAAUUUCCAGAUAAGGAUCACGAGUUUCACUACAUUUGUGAGUGAGAAGAUUGGAACGGCGCAGGUUGUGAUGAAUGCGCAGAGUACGGGGGUGCCGGGGGUGCCGGUGGGGUUGUGGAGGAAUGCAGUGACGAUUCUGGAUUUUAGGAUGGUUGGGCGGAGGUGGUUUGGGGUUAGGGAGAGUACGAUUAGUGGGGCGGGGAGGAUGGAUCAGGAUUGGUUUUGA